GAUCGGCUUCCGGUGAUCUCUUUUCUCAUAGUAGUCUUAACCUCAACACUCUCUUCUCUCCAUCUGACAUCUUCCAUUGUUUCUGAAUAACCCACGGGAGGUUAAUUCCCAUAUUCACCAUGACCGUCAUGACUCCUCCUCCCGUUGAUCAGCAAGAGGACGAGGAGAUGCUUGUGCCUCACUCGGAUUUGACUGAGAACAAUCACCAACCAAUGGAAGUUGUAGCACAAGCAGAAUCUGCCAGCACCGUGGAGAGCCAGCCUGUCGAGGAUCCUCCAUCAUCGAGGUUUACAUGGAGAAUUGACAACUUUUCAAGGCUGAAUGCAAAGAAGCUCUAUUCAGAAAUAUUCGUUGUUGGGGGUUAUAAAUGGCGUGUGCUUAUUUUUCCAAAGGGGAACAAUGUGGACUACUUGUCGAUGUAUUUGGAUGUUGCGGAUUCGGCUACUUUGCCUUAUGGGUGGAGUAGAUAUGCGCAAUUCAGCUUGGCAGUAAUAAACCAAAUGCAUACUAAGUACUCUGUGAGAAAAGACACACAGCACCAAUUUAAUGCCCGAGAAAGUGAUUGGGGUUUCACAUCCUUCAUGCCCCUUGGUGAAUUGUAUGAUCCUAGUAGAGGAUAUCUUGUGAAUGAUACUCUUAUAGUUGAAGCGGAGGUUCUUGUGCGUAGGAUUGUUGAUUACUGGUCAUAUGACUCAAAGAAAGAGACUGGCUAUGUUGGCCUUAAGAAUCAAGGAGCUACUUGUUAUAUGAAUUCUCUUCUCCAAACACUGUACCAUAUUCCUUAUUUUAGAAAGGCUGUGUAUCAUAUGCCAACAACAGAGAAUGACAUGCCCUCUGGAAGCAUCCCUUUGGCCUUACAAAGUUUGUUUUACAAACUCCAGUAUAGUGACACAAGUGUUGCGACAAAGGAGCUAACAAAAUCUUUUGGGUGGGAUACUUAUGAUUCUUUCAUGCAGCAUGAUGUUCAAGAACUAAAUAGAGUCCUCUCUGAAAAACUUGAAGACAAAAUGAAGGGAACUGUUGUUGAAGGAACUAUACAAAAGUUAUUUGAAGGGCACCAUAUGAACUAUAUUGAGUGCAUCAAUGUGGAUUACAAGUCAACUAGAAAGGAGUCCUUUUAUGACCUUCAGCUUGAUGUCAAAGGCUGCCGUGACAUAUAUGCUUCUUUUGAUAAGUAUGUGGAAGUUGAGCGUCUUGAGGGGGAUAACAAAUAUCAUGCUGAACAGUAUGGUUUGCAGGAUGCUAAGAAGGGUGUUUUAUUUAUUGACUUCCCCCCUGUACUUCAGCUUCAGCUCAAAAGAUUUGAAUAUGACUUUAUGCGAGAUACUAUGGUCAAGAUUAAUGAUCGUUAUGAGUUUCCCUUGCAACUUGAUUUGGAUCGUGAGAAUGGCAAGUAUUUAUCACCCGAGGCUGAUCGGACUGUCCGCAAUCUUUAUACACUUCACAGCGUUUUGGUUCACAGUGGUGGUGUGCAUGGUGGACAUUAUUAUGCAUUUAUCAGGCCAACACUUUCUGAUCAAUGGUAUAAAUUUGAUGACGAGAGGGUGACAAAAGAGGAUACAAAACGGGCAUUAGAGGAGCAAUAUGGUGGCGAGGAGGAGUUACCACAGACAAAUCCUGGAUUCAACAACACUCCUUUCAAAUUCACCAAAUAUUCAAAUGCUUAUAUGUUGGUGUACAUACGUGAAAGUGAUAAGGACAAAAUAAUAUGCAAUGUGGAUGAGAAAGACAUUGCAGAGCAUCUAAGGGAGAGGCUGAAGAAAGAACAGGAAGAAAAAGAGCAUAAAAAGAAAGAAAAGGCAGAGGCUCAUCUUUACACCAUUAUAAAGGUGGCACGGGAUGAAAAUCUUGCAGAGCAAAUUGGAAAGGACAUAUAUUUUGAUCUUGUAGACCAUGACAAAGUGAAGUGUUUUCGUGUGCAAAAGCAAAUGCCAUUUAAUGUUUUCAAGGAUGAGGUCGCAAAAGAGUUUGGCAUCCCAGUUCAAUUUCUGCGCUUUUGGCUUUGGGCAAAGCGUCAAAACCAUACUUACCGUCCUAAUAGGCCGUUGACACACCUUGAGGAAACACAAUCUGUUGGGCAAUUGAGAGAAGUUUCAAACAAAGUUCACAAUGCAGAGCUAAAGUUGUUUUUGGAAGUGGAGCUGGGGCUGGAUUUACGUCCCAUUGCACCGCCAGAGAAGACAAAAGAUGAUAUAUUACUUUUCUUCAAGCUAUAUGAUCCUGAGAAAGAGGAACUGCGAUAUGUUGGAAGGCUUUUUGUGAAGAGUUUUGGUAAGCCAUCAGAGAUAUUAACAAAAUUAAAUGAAAUGGCUGGUUAUCAUCCUGAGGAAGAGAUUGCACUUUUUGAGGAAAUUAAGUUUGAACCAAAUGUCAUGUGUGAACCUAUUGACAAGAAACUCACAUUUCGAGCAAGCCAGCUAGAAGAUGGAGAUAUUGUUUGCUUUCAAAAAGCACCUGCUAUGGAUAGUGACGAACAUGUCCGCUAUCCAGAUGUGCCUUCAUAUUUAGAAUAUGUCCACAAUCGUCAGGUUGUUCACUUUAGAUCUCUGGAAAAACCUAAGGAAGACGAUUUCUGCCUAGAGAUGUCAAGGCUUUAUACAUACGAUGAUGUGGUGGAGAGAGUAGCGCAACAACUUGGUUUGGAUGAUCCAUCCAAAAUCAGGCUCACCCCACAUAACUGUUACUCUCAACAACCUAAGCCACAGCCUAUUAAGUACCGUGGGGUGGACCAUCUGUCUGACAUGCUAGUUCAUUACAACCAGACUUCAGAUAUAUUGUACUAUGAAGUACUUGACAUUCCACUGCCAGAAUUGCAAGGUUUGAAAACUCUGAAAGUUGCAUUUAAUCAUGCCACUAAGGAUGAGGUUGUUAUUCAUACUAUCAGACUCCCAAAGCAGAGCACAGUGGGGGAUGUCCUUGAUCAUCUUAAAACGAAGGUGGAGUUGUCUCAUCCCAAUGCUGAGCUUAGGCUGCUUGAAGUCUUCUAUCACAAAAUAUACAAGGUCUUCCCCCCCUCGGAAAAGAUUGAGAACAUUAAUGAUCAAUACUGGACAUUACGUGCGGAGGAGAUUCCGGAAGAAGAGAAAAAUCUUGGACCUCAUGAUCGUCUGAUUCAUGUGUACCAUUUUACCAAGGACACAGCUCAAAACCAAAUGCAAAUUCAGAAUUUUGGGGAUCCCUUCUUUUUGGUCAUACAUGAAGGGGAGAGUUUAGCUGAUAUUAAAGUACGAAUACAACAGAAACUUCAAGUUCCAGAUGAGGAGUUUGCCAAGUGGAAGUUUGCAUUUCUUUCACUUGGGCGGCCUGAGUACCUUCAGGACUCGGACAUUGUAUCCAGUCGAUUUCAGAGGAGGGAUGUUUAUGGUGCUUGGGAGCAGUAUCUUGGCUUAGAGCAUGCUGAUAACGCUCCUAAAAGACCAUAUACUGUUAAUCAGAAUCGCCACACGUUUGAGAAGCCAGUAAAGAUUUAUAAUUAGGAAACCAAUAUUGAUGAGUUCUUUUGCUACGUGGGAUGAAUUUGGCCUUCUAAAUUAAGGAAUGGGCUUGUAAAGACCGCGGUCAUAUCAGGAGAGUACUCUGUAUAGGCAACAAGUGAGAUCAAUCAGCAUCAGAGGUCGUGUCUGCAGGAUUUUAUUCUAAGUUUUGUGGUCAUGUAAUUCUUUCUGUCCAUGGAGUGACAUUGCUCCUAGCACUCUGUAUCUGCCGACCACAGCCUCUUGAGCUUUUUACUUCCGUUUUUAUAUGGAGGUUCUUCCAAGUUGAGGUCAUUCAUCAUCCUCAGUGCACUGUAUCAGUACAUAAGAUUUUUGGAUUAGUGAGUGUAUACAGGGUAUAGUUGGUUGACUCAUUGCCUUUUUUCUUGCUUUGCUUCUUUAUCUUUUCCCCAGUUAGUGCUCUGCUUAAGUUCUAAGCUUUGAAGUGAGGGCUGCAUAAUGAAUGAUGUGGCAGAGGCAGGUUUCUGUAGUGUUGUAAAAGAGACUUUUCAGCCUCAGUUGAACUUUUAAUCUGGCAUAAAAGUUUAAUCUGGCAUUCUCCAUCACUAGAACCAGUGAUUGGUUUACACUUUC